AUGAUCGAGGUGAUUUGUAACAGUCUGGGGAAGAAAGUGAGUCAAGCGCAACUCCGAGGACACUAUGGGGACUUGAAGAAACUGAUCGUAGCCCAGACUGGCGCUCAGAGUAAGACAGUGCUGAAGAAGUGGUACAUGAUUUUUAAGGACCAUGUGCCUCUGGUAGACUAUGAAAUCCACGAUGGAAUGAACCUGGAGUUUUAUUACCAGUAG